AUGGAACCUCCGACGAAAAAGGUGAAGAGAAGGAGAAAUAAUGACCCAUCCAAACAACUAAGCGAGGAAGAAAAGAAACUACAUCAUAUACAAUCAGAACACAGAAGAAGGGAACAGAUUAGAUCAACAUUUGAUCGGUUGGUUGAAAUAGUACCAGAUCUAACUGCAAAUGAGAAGCGUUCGGAGCUAACAGUAAUAACCAAGACAACGAGUUAUAUUGAAAAAUUGCGAGAACAGAACAAACGACUAGUUGACUUAGCACAGAAAAAGGGUAUACCCAUGGAAAAGAGUGUUAUCAAAUCGUAA